AUGAGCGGCGUGCUCAAUCACGUUCGCGCAUUCCUCGACCAGCAGCCGGUGAUCGCCGGCAAACUCGAGAAGUCGAGCAGUCCCAACAUCCUCUACUCGCAAUUGCCCAAACAUUGGAGAUCGAACAAAUCGUUUCCCGAUCAGUUCGUCGUGCUCAUUCUGACACCCGUACCCGACAACACAGAAGUAACGAUAUGGGCGGGCAACGAUGAGGCGCCAUGUGGCGAGAUUCGCAACGAGAAGGCGCGCGUUCAUCGCCAGGUGGCCAAAUUCAACGACUUGAGGUUCGUCGGCAGAUCGGGUCGAGGCCGCAAGUUUCACAUCACGAUCGUUGUACACUCGACGCCGAUGAUGGUGGCGACGGUGAAGAACGUCAUUAAAGUUACAGUCGAUGGUCCAAGAGAAGCUCGACAACCGAAACCAGCAACCAGCGGAUCUCGAAGAUCGGCUGACAACUCGUAUAGUCUUGAUAUCACUCCACCUACGAUAAUCCCUCCGAUCAUCACUCCACCCCAUAUGUGGUGGGCGGCAUUUGGUGCACCACAAGUGUUGCCACCCAUCUUCCAUCCGCCUGUCUCCACCAUAUUUCCCACCAUUCCGCCAAUGAUGAGCAAUCCGCUGAAGCGACACGCCACCACUCCGCUCAAAUCGGAAUCUUCCGAGAACUCGAGUUUGAAUGAUUCGGAAUCGCUCAACGUCUCCGCCUCGCCGCAAACAUCGUUCAUCGUUCUGAAAAAAGAUGAUGAUGAUGAGGAGGAGGAUCGCGCGGAAGAUGAUGAAGACAAGAAGAAAGACGAACCUAAAAGUCAGAUCGUCUCACCAUCAGGACCAAUAUCGUUGGUCCAGUCGACUCCAGAUUCGUUGCAAGCAAAACGACGACGUCGACAAUCAGCGACAUCCUCAAACGGCUCCUCACCAACCAUUUGGCGUCCAUUUUGA